UGCCAACUGAUCGAUGCCGGGGUUCGAGUGAUCAUCAGUCUGACCGGAUGCGGAGCGGCCAUGUAUACUGCUCAGGUGACCAGUAAACAUCAUGUUGUUCAUUUGGUUAUCCCGUUCCCCGUGUGUCAACAACUACCUCCGGAAGGAGAGAUGCUCACUUUGUGGUUUCAGCCGGAUCCAAAAGCGAUUACACAACUUUUGUUUCAGAUUGCUUCCAUGGAACACGCAUCAAACACACUACUCUUGAACAACGGGGAAAGUGUCGCCCCAAAUGAAUUGCUCUCCAUGUCGGUAAAAGCCAUGCUGGAUGAUGCCAACUUUUUUCCGGCAUUUUCUGUUCAACAGUUCAGCACCGAAGCCGAUCGUCUGUGGGACACAGAAGGCCGUUACGCUCAACCGUCACUCCCCGCCUUGUUCAGUCUAAUGGAAUCAACAAGGCCCAGUAAUCUGAGCAGGGCAACUUUCGAACAUGUGUUCGCCUUCACUCCAAACGGUGGAGAACUAGAGGUGGUUCGAAAUGAGCAAGUGUGCGUUAGCCUAGUUCCCGGUAUCGACAAGUUGAUGUUGCAGAGCAAAUUGUUGAGGAAGAAGGAUGUGACUUUUGCAGAGCAGCAGAAGAUCUGUGAAAAACUUGAUGAAGUUAUGCAGGCUCCAGCCCAUCAUCAACUCGAUUCUGCCGACGUGGUCACAGGUCAGUUCUCCCAUCUGUGA